GCAACUCAUAUACUUAUAUGUGCCUGGAAAAUUCAUAACACCGCCCCUCAGUCCUUUUAACAAUAUCAUCCACUGUGAUAAUCUCUUAGAAGGUAAAUCAUUUCUGCAUAAUCUGUGUGAAACAUUUGAAGACAAAUGGUUGAAUAUAAAUUAAGAGACUAAAAUGUCUAACAUUUCUUUUAACGUUGCCUUUCAGAUUCUGUCUCUUGCAUCAGAUGCCGUCUUGACUUCUGGUCAAAUGAAAAAAGAGAUGCCUGUAUUCAGAAGGAUGCAGAGUUUUUGUCACAUCGAGAAAUUAUGGGAGCAUUGCUCACUGCAGCAUCCUUAUUUGGAACGUGUAUGACUGUAGUUGUUGCUCUUAUUUUUGUCAAAUACAGAAAAACUCCUCUUGUGAGGGCAAAUAACUCUGAGCUGAGCUUCCUGCUGCUCUUCUCCUUGACCCUGUGUUUCCUCUGCUCUUUGACUUUUAUGGGAGAGCCGUCUGACUGGUCCUGCAUGCUGCGGCACACAGCGUUCGGCAUCACCUUCGUCCUCUGCAUCUCUUGUGUCCUGGGGAAAACCAUGGUGGUCUUAAUGGCGUUCAAUGCGACACGUCCCGGUAGAAAUGUGAUGAAAUGUUUCGGAGCUACACAACAGAGACUUGGAGUUCUGGGCUUCACACUUAUGCAAGUUAUCAUCUGUAUCGUCUGGUUGACAACUUCUCCUCCAUUUCCGUCCAAGAACUUUAAGGAAUUUAAAGACAAAAUCAUCUUGGAGUGUUCGUUGGGCUCUGCUGUGGGUUUCUGGGCUGUGCUUGGGUACAUAGGACUUCUCGCCACAUUAUGUUUUAUUUGUGCUUUUCUGGCUCAUAAACUGCCCGAUAAUUUCAAUGAAGCCAAAUUCAUAACCUUCAGCAUGUUGAUAUUCUCCGCCGUGUGGAUCACUUUCAUCCCAGCGUAUGUCAGCUCUCCUGGGAAGUUCAGUGUCGCUGUAGAAAUAUUUGCUAUCCUGGCCUCCACUUUUGGCCUGUUAAUUUGUAUUUUCAUCCCCAAAUGUUAUGUCAUAUUGAUGAAACCAGAAAAAAAUUCUAAAAAGAGUAUGAUGGGAAAGGGGGCUUGAAAACCAUCUUGACAAGUCAAGACAUUUUAUAAUCUUAAGUCUUCCAAUAUAAUGCAAGUAUUUUGUA